UGGCAGCUGAUAGUGCAGAAGCAGAUGUUACGGCAGACGGUGCGCGGGGUGGAAGAGACGAGUGCAGCGGCUGGCCAAGUAGAGACGUGUGUGCGUGUGUGAGUGUGUGAGCGAGCAGGGCCACCAAGGUCGUGCGAUAGAGGCGGCGGCCGCUUACUAUGAGCAGUGCAGUGUGGAGUGAGUGGCGGCGGCUGGCAGUUAGCCCAGCUCACUCAUGGAGACGUGGACCGUGAGGCCGCUCGCUUGUUCGGCCGCCGUGCUGUUAUCGUGGCAACCAAGCAUGCCCUUCGCCCCGGAACUCGUGCCUCGGGCCUUAUGAAGGGUUGCGUGGGGUGCAGUGCGGUACACAAGUGUGAUAUUAACGGGUAGCGUUAAGUGUUAAGUGUAGAGAACCGUCCGUUGGGGGGGAGAAAGGCCCUGUCCUGGCCUUUGUGCCUUUGUAUCAAGUGUCAGCCGUUCCUACUCGAGAAAGACUCGAUGGUCAAGAUGGGCCUCAAGGAGCUUGAUUCGGGCGAGAAGAGGUGGAGUCAUCCGCCGAAGAAGAAGUGGAUUUAUAACUACCUCGCUGACGAUGAGGAGGCGAGCGAGGAGGCCGUGGCCGAGGGUGGAGUGAAGCGAGAGGUGCUGUACCGGCGGGCGGGCGAACCCUUCACUCGCUCUGUGGGCGUGACCACUGGGGGCAGCCACCCUCGCCACCAUCACCAGCAGCAAAACGCCCACGCCGGUGUGGCCCCUGUGUCACCGCCACCCACACCUCGCACCGCCCCUUCCAGUCCAGCCCACGCCCGCGAUGACCUCGCCCACCAGCGGCGGAUUCACACCUUAACGCCGCCUAGUGCAGGUGUCGUGGGUGGGGGUGUGAGAACUUCGUUAGGCAUCGUGGGCAUCAGUGUGGGUGGGGGGCAGCAACAGCAUCAUCACCACCAUCUUCAGCAUCACCAGCAGCAGCAGCAGCAACAGCAGCAACAUCCCCACCAGAACCAGCAGCAGCAGACGUCCCCGCGGGCGUCGCUUUCGUACCCUGGUUCCCCGGCCUCGUCCCCGCCCCACGCCAUCACCCCCCGCACCAGCGCCGCCUCGCCCCUCGGCGUGGUGAGUGCUCUCCGUCAAGAUUCCUCAUCGCCGCCCACGUCCACCACCUCCUCCGAUGCCGGCGCGGCUCCUCGGCCCCACAACGACGCCCUCCAUCCUCAUCUGACCAACGGCGUGAGUCGGCCCAACGGCCUCGCCAAGUCCCUCUCGCUCUCCCCGCCCUCACACAGCACCUUCCAGCAUCAUGGCCUGUACGCGGCAGAGGAGAACCUCUAUAAGGACGACAAGAAACGCUCAGGGAGCACCCCAUCCCGCGAGGUGCACAAUAAACUGGAGAAGAAUAGGCGCGCUCAUCUCAAGGAAUGCUUCGAGACCCUGCGACGCCAGUUGCCCUCCAUGGAUGAUAAAAAGAUCUCUAACCAGACCAUACUGAAGGCUGCUCACCGGUACAUCCAGGUACGGUUGUUGGAAAGUGAUGUGGCUCUUUGUAUGUACCUGGAAUAGUAUGUUAAAUGAGGCCACGCGUAGGCCUACAGCAACCCUAGGCACGGGGCGAGAAGGACUGGCGCUCGGGAGCGACAUGCUAGAUUGGGGAAAUGAGACGGUGGUGUAGGUCAUGAUGUUCCCAAAACGUCUUCGUCACGUUACUACGGGAACGUGUAGCCACCUUGUGAUGCAAGGUGGUGACGUCAUGCUGGUAUUGAUUUGACCUAAGUUGUCCACUGUCGACACCUGCUCUCUC